UGGUGUCCUCUCCACCUUCUCCUUCUCCAGCAGGGUCUCUGCCUCAACCUCCGCCAUCAGUUCCCGGAAUUUCCUAUCAAGAAAUGUCAAUUCUUCAACAGUCCUGUCCAAAGGUUCAAGAUCUCCGCCUUUCCUCUGCCCUGACUGUAGUUUCUGUUCCUUUCUCCGGGUCUGUACUAUGGUGUGACUCAUCAACAGGAAUACUCCGUCCACUGGUUCCUGAAACCAUGAGAAGAUUGGUUUUUAACACUAUUCACUCAGUAUCCCAUCCUGAAAAAAAGCUUCUAGAAGACUGAUCUCACGCUGUUUUGUGUGGGAGUUUCUCUCUAGAGAUGUCAACCUUUGGGCCCAGAGCUUUUUAGACUGCCAGCGUAGUAAAGUUCAAUCACAUAUCAAGUCUCCUGUCCAUCACAUUCCUGUGCCUGGUAGAAGGUUUACUCAUAUUCAUGUAGAUUUAGUUGGUCCGUUGCCAAAGUCUAAUGGGUUCUCAUACCUCUUCACCAUCGUCGACAGGACUUCUAGAUGGCCGGAGGCGGUUCCCGUCAAAUCUAUAACAGCUGAAGAAUAUGCCAGAGCCAUGCUAAGACACUGGAUUCCACUUUUUGGAAUUUCCUCAGUCAUUACCUCCGACAGAGGAUCACAGUUUACAUCCUCCAUUUGGUCUCAGCUGUGUUCUUUCCUUGGAAUUGUUCAUUCUCCGACUACGUCUUUUUAUCCUCAGUCUAACGCCUUGUGGAACGUUUUCACCGCCAAUUGAAAGUUUCCUUGAGAGCUAGGUUGGCAGGUUUUGACUGUUUCCAUCAUCUCCCUCUAGUUCUCCUUGGACUCCGUAAUGUUCCCAGAGAUGAUUCAGCAGUUUCUGCAGCAGAGGUCCUUUUCGGAACUCCGUUAACUUUGCCUGGUGAGUUUCUCAACAUCCCUGAGGUUCCUUCUGUUGAAUAUCUCCAACGUAUACAGCAAAUCUUGAAGAAUAUUCCAGUUUCUCCGCCCCACCAUUCAGUCCUCAACCCUGAACCAGGAGCAGAAAACAAGAUUCCUACAAAGUUACUGUCCUGUUCUCAUGUAUUUGUUAGAGAAGAUACCUCUAAACCUCCUCUAGCUUCGCUGUACAGAGGUUCCUAUUUGGUCCUGAACCGUUCUUCAAAGUUUUUUCUCCUCCAGGUUGGUUCCAAAACUGAUUCUGUAUCUGUGGACAGACUGAAGCGGUUCUGUCUGAGUUUCCUGUGGUUUCACAAGACCCACCUCGCCGAGGCCGGCCUCCAAAUCCAAAACCUCCUGAUCCGAUACCUCCGACUUCAGCCCUUGCACGUGCUGCA